AUGUCCAACAGCCUGGGCCAAUUAAAGGCAAGACAUGAGCCAAUAUGCAGAAAAGUCUUCAACAAAAAGCGCAAGCCAUUCAAUUCCUUGAAACAACGACUGCAGGGAACUGAAAUUCCAACAGUGAAGAGGAAGGCACCCCCCAAGAACCAGCCAGAGAAAAAAUAUAAUUGGAGACAACAGCACGAGAACUUCAUUAAUGCAAUCAGAGCAGCCAAACUUGCCACUAUAGCCAUGAAAGAAGGCCGCCCACUGCCUCCGCCGCCGCCUCCAACCAUUAAUCCAGAUUAUGUUCAGUGCCCUUACUGCAUGAGACGGUUUAAUGAGGCUGCAGCAGAAAGGCACAUCAAUUUCUGCAAAGAGCAAGCAGCCAGGCGUGCUUUUGCUCCAGGCCAGAAAGGAGCCAAAACGUCCUCUGGCAAACAAGCAACUCCCAAAAAAGAACCAACCUUAACAAGUGCUGUAGGGACGCUGCUUCAGAACAAGUCACAAGAAGGUACCAAUCCAAGCCAACAUAUAACAGGGCCUGCUAUAGAAACUUCUGUUGGAACAACACAGAAAAAAGCACCUGCUAUCCCUUCUGGGAAGGAGUCUGGGUAA